AAACCUAAAAAUCUAAAAUCUAAAAGUCAAGAACCUGAAAAUCAAAAACCUGAAAAUCAAGAACCUGAAAAUCAAGAACCUGAAAAUCAACAACCUGAAAAUCAAGAACCUGAGAAUCACGAACCUGAAAAUCACGAACCUGAAAAUGAAGAACCUGAAAAUGAAGAACCUGAAAAUGAAGAACCUGAAAAUGAAGAACCUGAAAAUGAAGAACCUGAAAAUGAAGAACCUGAAAAUCACGAACCGAAAAAUCACGAACCGGAAAAUGUAGUAUUGUAUAAUAUCCGCAUAUACAAUUAUUUCAUAUUUAUUACAGUAAUACACCAGGCACAUUAUAAAUAUUAUAAAGAGCUUUCAUUACCAGUAGCUUUGCAGCUUGAUCUAUCCUAA